AUGGCUGCGACGGGGAAACUGACGCUAUUGUAUCCCCAAUUGCUGCGGGCUGCCACGAGGGGCUGCGGCCCAGCGAGGAGAUGGGCGACGACGACCUCGGCUUCGACAACGACAACGACAUCGACAACGACAACGACAUCGACGGCUACGAGGUGGAAUAGUUCGUUUGCAAAGAGGCACGGCAAGGCUGUCGAGCCCGCAGAAUGGGAGAAGCAGCAGCUGCAGCAACAGAAGCAACAAGACACGCAAGGCCAACCGGAGCAGGACGUCUCAGCUAAGCCGACACCGGAGGACGCAGUGGCUAAUAAGACGGCGGCGGCAGAGGAUGCGCCAGCGGAUAUUCAGGCCAAGUCCGACAUUGGCAAGCUUUAUAUCCAGGAUGGCGAGAAGAAGCCAGCCCAGGUGGUGACUGAUGCCCCGGAGAUCGAUGCCGCCGCUCUCAAGAGCGAGCAGCAGGACCCCAAGGCUGCUCAGAACCAGGCAGAGCCCAAGUCAUCAGAGGCGGCGGAUGCGGGAGCAGACGCAAAUCCGUCGAGCGCACCCAAGCAAGCUGAAUCGAGCGACGGGAGUGGAAGCGGUAGCGGGAGCUCUGACCCCAAGACCAGUAAGCCUAAAGAUGGCACCAAGAUGAGCGACAAGCUGGAUACCGUCUAUUACAUGGGUGCUCCCGAGAAUUUGUCAACGACUAUGCCGUCCAUGACCCCGCCAAAGUAUAUUCAUCACUUUGACAGCUACUCUCUCGUCAAGCAGCUGCAGGAAGGAGGCUAUUCAAGCGACCAAGCCAUCACCAUGAUGAAGGCUGUCCGGACGAUCCUGGCCCAUAAUCUAGACAUGGCGCAGGAAAAGCUUGUCAGCAAGAGCGAUAUAGAAAACGAAUCUUAUCUGUUCUCUGCUGCGUGUUCGGAGCUGAGCGCCGAAAUCAAGAACAAUCGCCGGGGCCAGGAUGAGCAAAUCCGGCAACAGCGCACGCAUCUCCAGCACGAAGUCGACAUUUUGACGCAGACCCUGAAUCAGGAACUGUUGACUCUCAACGACAAUGUGCGCGGCAUCUUCAACGACCGCAAGAUGACAGUCAGAGAAGAGCAGAAGGCGGCGGAGAGUGCUAUUCAACAAAUCAAUUACAAAAUAAGCAUCAUGCUGAGCAGCGAUUCCAAGUCGGAGAUUGAAGGCGUUCGGUGGAUUCUCAUCCGGCGCUCCGUGGUAGGCAUCCUCUUCAUGGCCAUUUUCACGCUGGGAACGAUCCGGUACGCCACGUAUGUCAGUCAUGAGCGCCAGCGAGAGCAAGAUCGCAAGAAGAAGGAAGAAGAGGACCUGAGAAGGGAUGGCGGCAAGAGUGAUCGCACCUCGGCACCUGAUGCAGCAGCCAUCCUGGCAGCAAACUAA